AAGAAAAAGAGAGCGAGAGAGAGAGAGUGAGAGAGAGGGGGCGGGGCCUGUUCUUCCCGUCAGCCAAUCAUUGGUGCAAAUGAGGAGGGGGGGAAUUAGAGGGAGAAUACAGGCACACGCGCAUCUCCCAGCAUCAUCAGCGCUUCUAUAUAAAGCGCAGCAUCCCGUUCACGCGCUGCCACUUGAUCAUCAUCCUCAUCAUCCUCAUUACCCGCAGGAUCACAAACACUCAAAUGCGGAGGGGCAUGAAGCGACUAUAACGGGACAACUGAUCACAGACACAACACACAGGAUCAUGACGAAAUCUUGCACGGAAGAGCCCUCGAUGAUCGAGUCUCCGACCGGCAGCGCCAACUGGACCGACAAGAAGCAGAAGCCCGGGCACGAGGCCAUGCGCAAAGAGGAUCUGGAGAACGACGAAGAGGAGGCUGUGCACAGGCUCGAGGACGCGCACGAGCUGGAGGAGGACGAAGAAGAGGAAGAGGAAGAUGAGGAGGAAGAGGAAGAGGGCGACGACGCGAGCAAGCCGAAGCGGCGUGGCCCGAAAAAGAAGAAGAUGACCAAGGCGCGCCUGCAGAGGUUCAAAAUGAGGCGCAUGAAAGCGAAUGCGCGCGAGCGCAACCGGAUGCACGGGCUGAACGACGCGCUCGAGAGCCUGCGCAAGGUGGUGCCGUGCUACUCGAAAACGCAGAAGCUGUCCAAGAUCGAGACUUUGCGUCUGGCCAAGAAUUACAUCUGGGCGCUGUCCGAGAUCCUACGGUCGGGCGAGAGUCCGGAUCUGGUGUCAUUCGUGCAGGCUUUGUGCAAAGGUCUUUCGCAGCCCACGACUAAUCUGGUGGCAGGGUGCUUGCAGCUCAAUCCGCGGACUUUCUUGCCCGAGCAGCAGAGCCAUGCGCACGGAGCGAGCGUCGCUUCAUACGCCAGCAUGCACCCGUACUGCUACCAGAGCCCCGGUCUGCCGAGCCCGCCGUAUGGCGCUGCGGACGGUGCGCCGCACCACACGUUUCACGCCAAGACGGCGGCGCACGCGUACGGGAGCACGCUGCUCUUACCACCGCCACCGCCUCCGCCUCCGCAGCCGCCGAGCGCCAUGCAGGCUGAGCCGUUUUACGAUGCCGCGCUGGCGGACUGCGCGCACAGCCCCGCCGCGUCCUUCGAUGGGCCGCUCAGCCCGCCACUGAGCGUCAACGGGAACUUUUCUUUCAAGCACGAGCCACCGACGGAGUUCGAAAAGAGCUAUCACGGGUUCGGCGGCGGCGUGCAGCCCUACCAUCACCACGCGCCGCCGGGACACCACCAUCACCAUCACCCUCACCACCACCACCACGCGGCUCUUUACGAUUUACCACCCAUGGAGAACGUCGUGCCCUACGAGGGUCACUCUCAUCACGAACGAGUCGUGCACAUGAACGCUCAACUCAACGCCAUAUUCCACGACUCGUGA